AUGACCACCUCGUCGUCCGGGAGCAUCGAAGCACCGGCGGCGAACUCGAGGCCCGGGUCGUUCUCGUUCGCGAGCACGAGCUUCACGGACAUGCUGGGGGGAUCCGCGGACGCGGCGGCCGGGGCGUCGAGGUACAAGGCCAUGACCCCGCCGUCCCUGCCCCUGACGCCGUCGUCCUUCUUCAGUAACAUCCCCGGCGGCCUCAACCCCGCCGACUUCCUCGACUCGCCGGCCCUCUUGAGCUCCAGUAUCUUCCCCUCGCCGACGACGAACGCAUUCGCCUCGCAGCAGUUCAGCUGGCUGGCGACGCCGGGCGCGGAGCAAGGCGGCAAGGACGAGCAGAGGCACACGUACCCGGACUUCUCGUUCCAUACAGCGCCGACGACCGAAGAGGCCGUGCGGACGACGACGACCUUCCAGCCACCGAUUCCAGCGGCCCCACUGGGUGAAGAGGCGUAUAGAAGUCAGCAGCAGCAGCAGCAGCAGCCAUGGGGCUACCAGCAGCAGCAACCUGCAGCCAUGGACGCGGGAUCCAGCCAGGCUGCCUACGGCGGGCCGUUCCAGGCAGCGUCGUCGGACGCCGGCGCAAUGGCGCCGCACGUGCCGGCGAGCGGCGGCGGGUACAGCCACCAGGCGCAGCAGUCACAGAGGCGGUCGUCGGACGACGGGUACAACUGGCGCAAGUACGGGCAGAAGCAGGUGAAGGGGAGCGAGAACCCGCGCAGCUACUACAAGUGCACCUUCCCGAGCUGCCCCACCAAGAAGAAGGUGGAGCGGUCUCUGGACGGCCAGAUCACCGAGAUCGUGUACAAGGGCACGCACAACCACGCCAAGCCGCAGAACACGCGCAGGAACUCCAGCGCCGCCGCGCAGCUGCUGCAGGGCGGCGACGCGUCCGAGCAUUCGUUCGGCGGGACGCCCGUCGCCACGCCCGAGAACUCCUCGGCGUCGUUCGGGGACGACGAGGUCGGCUUGGGCUCGCCGCGGGCCGCAAACGCCGGCGGCGACGAGUUCGACGAGGACGAGCCGGAUUCCAAGAGAUGGAGGAAAGACGGUGACGGCGAGGGUAUCUCCAUGGCCGGCAACCGGACGGUGCGUGAGCCGAGGGUCGUUGUCCAGACCAUGAGCGACAUCGACAUCCUCGAUGACGGCUAUCGGUGGAGGAAGUACGGGCAGAAGGUGGUGAAGGGAAAUCCAAACCCCAGGAGCUACUACAAGUGCACGACGGCCGGCUGCCCGGUGCGCAAGCACGUGGAGCGCGCGUCACACGACCUGCGCGCCGUGAUCACCACGUACGAGGGGAAGCACAACCACGACGUGCCCGCUGCGCGUGGCAGCGCCGCACUCUACCGGUCCGCGCCGCCGCCCGCGGACAACGCCGCCCACUACCUCGCGGCGCAGCCGGGCAUGGCCUACCAGACGGGUCAGCAGCAGUACGGGUUCGGCGGGCAGGGCUCGUUCGGCCUCAGCGGCGCAGCUGGCGCGCCGGCGCAGAGCAGCGGCAGCUUCGCGUACUCCUCCGCCGGCUUCCACAACCCGAUGGGCUCGUACAUGAGCCAGCACCAGCAGCAGCAGAGGCAGAACGACGCCAUGCACGCGUCGAGGGCCAAGGAGGAGCCCCGAGAGGACAUGUCGUUUUUCCCGCAGUCGAUGCUCUACACUGACUGA